AUGUCUUCCGCUCGUUCUAACAGCCCUCACUCGCAGCCCAUGGCGAUUCCCAACAGCCAGAACCGCCGCAGGGCCAUGUCUACCACUUCGACUUCGUCUGAGGGCUCGCCUGCUUCCCCCCUUCAGACGCCGGUGUCUCCUCUUUCUGCAUUCCCACCCAAGAUCGCCACCUCUCCUUCUGCGACUUCACCUAUCUUCAGCUAUUUCAUGUCCAGCACUUCUCCUACAACCAAAAGCAACACCCUUCCAUUCCGUCGUCCGCUUGACGGGAUCGCGGGCAACCCGCCCGUAUUUGAGGACGAAGAGGUGGAAGAGCCAGCCCCUCUAAAUGGGCAUCACAGGCGUGCGACGACUACAGGGUGGCCCGGUGGCAAUGCCCGCGCUCCACAGGCGUCGCCUCCGAAUUUCGUGCAGCCCAUCCCGGAGCACGCUGCGCGCGGAGGUAUUAUGCGUCGCCUCUCCCUAAGCACUGGUUUUGGCAGGCCUGUCCUUCCUGGAGGAGCGGCACCUCCUGAUAACUCGCCCACUGCUCGCCCUAUGACCCCUCCGCCAUCAGCUUCUGGAUCUUUCCCUCGCGAAACUGGUUUCGCCUCAAAGCCGAGCGGCCGUGUCGGUAGGCGGGCGACUCUGCUCGGCGCACCCGAAGCCAGCCCCCGUCGUGCCCCUUCACCUAUGGGCGAGCGUAUGCUCAAAGGCCACUUCGACGGCUUUAAUUGA